GUUCAGAUGUAAAGCUUUUCACUUGGCAGAGAUAUAUUGGUUUAAAUGGGCAAAGAAAAAUAUUACUUGUGUUCAACAUUACAAGACUGCCCAAAAGAGCACUGGGGGAAGACUAUUAAGUCCAUAUCAGCCCACGCCACGUGUAGUUUCACUUCCGAUAUUCUCCCUCUGUCAAUCUUCUGAAUGGAAUGUGGAAUCAGCAGCUGUCGUUUCAUUCACGCGCCAACACAAUUCAAACCUCUGGUUUUGAAAAUGGCAUUUCCCCUCUCCCCCACAUACAAUGUCAGCCGACGCUGGGAACAGUGAAAACCUCCCCCCCUUCUCCAUAAAGCAUGUAAGACAAUCAGUAGAGCAAACUUUUAACAAGAUUAUGGCAAAAGAACUGCCCAGUAUGCUGAUCUCUGGAAUAGGUGGUACAUUUGGUGUAUUAGAAAGCCAUGUAGAGUUUCUCAAGAAGCAUUUCAAUCUCAUUACCAUGAAGGAAUUUCAGAAAAGCAAAGAACUCCAUGAAAAGAUCAAAUCUGUUUUUGUAUUUGAGCGUCUUCCAGUCAUUGACCAGGAGCUUCUUGAAAGCCUGCCCAACUUGAAGGUGAUUGGAAACUCAGGAGUAGGAGUGAAUCAUCUGAAUCUGAAAUUAAUUAGUAGCUUUGGAGUUAAAGUGACCAAUACUCCACAUGCUGUUUCUGAUUCUACUGCGGACAUUGGGAUGGCAUUAAUGCUAGCAUCUGCCAGAAGAUUAGUUGAAGGUUAUUAUCUGGCAAUAUCUCCAGAUACUAUGCAUUUUGCUGUUAAUUGGCUAGGAGUAGAAGUCAGCAGGGCCACUCUUGGUAUCAUUGGAAUGGGCAAUAUUGGUUAUAAAGUAGCCAAGAGGGCAAAGGCUUUUGACAUGAAGAUUCUCUAUCACAAUAGGAACCGGAGAAAACAGGAAGAAGAACAAGAGGUUGGUGCCAUGUAUUGUAAAAACAUAGAUGACUUGCUUCGACAAUCUGAUUUUGUGAUGCUGGUUGUAAAUUUGACAUCAGAAACCCACAAUCUCAUAGGAAAAAAAGAGCUAGAAUUGAUGAAACCCACAGCCACACUCAUCAAUAUCUGCAGAGGUGCAGUUGUUGACCAGGAUGCAUUGGUAGAAGCACUCCAAAAUAAGGUUAUUAAGGCUGCAGCUCUGGAUGUGACCUAUCCUGAGCCAUUGCCAAGAGAUCACUUGCUAUUGCAGAUGAAGAAUGUCAUCAUAACACCCCACAUUGGCACUGCUACAGACCAAGCCCUGCGCAUGAUGACAGAAGAAGCCGUGGAAAACAUCCUGGCAGUUCUCAAUGAUCUUCCCAUUCCUAGUGAAGUGAUCUCCAAAUGACUGGACAGAGAACAUACCAAAAAAAUCAUGAAUUAUCAAGAACAGCACAUUAACCUCUGAGAAUCAUGACAAAUAGCCAGACAACAUAUUCCUAUCAGUUUCAAAAUGUGUGACUGUGAUUAUUUUUUGUAGUUGAAUUAAUUCCGUAAGCCACCCAGAGUCACUUUGAAACAAAAUGGAUAAUUAAUUAAUUAAUUUGAUUAAAAAAAUCCCAUUGGAAAAAAGUUUGCUCUGAGGCUUUUGAUCAUGGUGGUUGGGUUUCUGAUUCCUUCAACCUUUUAUCUCUAGCAAACAGAUACACCUCUUUGGAAAAUGAGAACAACAAAUUCAGAAGAGUUAAGGUUUAGGGCUCUAUUAAACAUCACAUCAAGGUUCAAAAAAAUUUGAAUAGUUCCAGCAUAGAAAUAUUAUUUGAGAUUGUAGUUUUCAUGUUUGAAAAGAUCUUUCUCCUGCAUUCUUAAUCUGCAGAUAAUUGUUGCUGUCUUGACAAUUACACAAAGAAAAGAGCACAACUCAAAUAUAACAAACAGUGCUGCCUUGUCCAUUUGGUUUGCUGGACUAGCUGAGAGACUACUUAGAAAUGUCAAAUAUUAUUCAUCCACAUUUAUUGAAUAAAACCCAGUUGACUGAGUUCACACAACCCAUUAAUCCAUAUACUGUACAUAUAAUUAACUAGUUGCUAUGGUUGAAUUGACACAAAAACAAGCAAAACACAAUAUUGCCAAACAUAGUUGUGAAUCAAGACAUAGUUUUCUGAUCUUGAUUAGAAAGUGGUGACUGCUGAAGCUUUCAAAUUUUUCAUGGCAUUCAAAAGCUGAAUCCAUUAAUGAUAUAUAAUUGAUUAUAUAAUGGUAUUUAAAAGGGCCUGAAGAACAAAUUGUUCUGAACCAGCUUGCUUUUUAUGUUUUUUUAAUGGAACAAACAAAUUUCAAGACAUAAUUUAGAAAUCAGGAAGAGGAACCAAAAUAUAUGCUUGUAUUGCUAACAGGAAGGGAAAGAAAUACAAUGCACUUUAAACUUUACAAAUGCAACAUUUGUAAAGAUAAUCUGUUUAUAGAAUAAUAUAGUUAUAGUGAUCAGACUUGGAUAAACACUUCACAGUAAAUAUAUAAACCUUUAAAGCUCAUUGUGACUGUUAUUUUGCAACCAAAGCAAAAGUUUAUACCUUUAAAUUCCAGUUCAAAGAAAAAUGUACUUUUAGGAUGUACUAAAAGGUAUGUUUAAUUAUUGAUUAUUAUUUUUUCUAUUUUUAAUUUGAUUUGUGUAAUUUUCCAAAAUCAGCAAUAUAAAGCUGCUAAUAAAAAUGUAGUAUUUUCAAAGAGGA